ACAUAUAUUUAUCACUCAUUAUUUUAUUAAGAACUUUCGGUAAUUUGAAUUGUAAACAAAAAUAAUUGUUUGAACUAAAAAUUAUAGAUAAAACAAUAUUCUUCCAACUUGAAUGCAAUUUCUAAAUAUUGUCAAUAUUUUUAAAAUAAUUUAAGUAAAAUAUCGCAAAAUGUCUUCAAGAAGCUCUAGCACGCGUGAAAAAUAUCGUGAAAGGAAACGUUCUAGAAGUCGCAGUAGAUCCAAAUCCCCUUCAGAAAGAGAACGAAAAAAGAAGGAAGAUAGCAAAAGCUCUAAAAGUCGACUGAAAGAAGAACGCCGUGAGGAGAAACGUAGAAAACGCUCUCGCUCGAGGAGUAAACAUAGGGAAAGCAGCAGGAGGGAUCGUUCGAAAGAUCGAAGAGAGCAUGAACGAGAAAAAGAUCGAGAAAGGGAGAGAGAACGCGAAAGGGAACGGCGCACAGAUUCUAUAAAAUCCAAUUGUGAAAAAGAGUUUUUUAACAAAGAAAAGAAUGUCACUAAAAGCAAAGAAGAUGAAAUUGAACAAAGUGAAAGUUCAGAAGAGGAGCUUGAUAAAGAAGAAGAACAAAAACGAUUGGAACAAGAAAUGAUUAAACGUAGAGAACGGAUCGAACGUUGGCGAGCUGAACGUAAAUUAAAGGAAUUGGAAAAUAAAAAGGACAUUCCAAAAAUAGUUCUUCCAUUGAAUGUUAAAAAAUGGUCUUUGGAAGAUGAAUCUGAAGAUGAAGAUGAAAAUACGAAAGAUGGAAGAAAGAAACCAGGUUUGGAUUUAAACGACGAGAACAACGAAAAUGAUGAAAUUAAAAGCCAAAAUAAGAAACCAGAAGAAAAAAAGGAAGAUGAAGAAGAAAUUGACCCUCUAGAUGCUUUUAUGCAAGAUAUUGACAAAGAAGUUAGAAAGGUAAAUCAACUUUCUAAUCCACCGGAUCAAAACAAGAGCAGUGAUUCGAAAGGUGUGGUUAUUGUUACAGGAUUAGCUAAAAAGAGAGUAGAGCGUAGUAAUAAAGGCGAACUUAUAGAGCAAAAUCAGGAUGGCCUUGAUUAUUCUAGUGAAGAAGAAUUAGAAGAUAUUAAAGAUGCUGCAGUUAAUUUAGCUAAUAAGCAUAAAAAAGAAUUGGCUAAAAUAAAUCAUUCGGAAGUAAAUUAUUCGUCUUUCAGGAAAGACUUUUAUGUUGAAGUUCCAGAAUUAGCAAGAAUGACUAAUGAAGAAGUAGAAAAACAUCGCAGCGAAUUAGAAGGAAUUCAAGUUAAAGGGAAAGGAUGUCCAAAACCAAUAAAGACCUGGGCCCAUUGUGGAGUAUCUAAAAAAGAAAUGGAUGUUUUGGUGAAAAAGUUAUGUUUUGAAAAGCCGACACCUAUCCAAUGUCAAGCUAUACCAGCUAUUAUGUCUGGCAGAGAUUUAAUAGGUAUUGCUAAAACUGGAAGCGGAAAAACAAUAGCUUUUAUUCUACCAAUGUUCCGUCAUAUUCUUGAUCAACCACCAUUAGAAGAGGGAGAUGGACCCAUUGCAAUUAUUAUGACUCCAACCCGUGAGUUAUGCAUGCAAAUAGGAAAAGAUAUACGCAAAUUUUCUAAAUCGCUAGGUUUACGACCUGUUUGCGUCUAUGGUGGAACUGGCAUUUCUGAGCAAAUAGCUGAACUAAAGCGUGGAGCUGAAAUAAUAGUUUGUACUCCUGGAAGAAUGAUUGAUAUGCUUGCUGCUAACUCUGGUCGUGUAACAAAUUUGCGUAGAGUUACGUAUAUAGUGCUAGAUGAAGCUGACAGAAUGUUUGAUAUGGGAUUUGAGCCCCAAGUAAUGCGAAUAAUUGACAAUAUUAGACCAGACAGACAAACGGUAAUGUUUAGCGCAACAUUCCCACGGCAAAUGGAAGCCCUAGCACGUCGAAUUUUGAAAAAACCAAUUGAAGUUAUUGUUGGCGGUCGAUCAGUCGUAUGUAAAGAUGUUGAGCAAAAUAUUGCCGUAUUAGAAGAUGAUGCUAAAUUCUUUAAACUUUUGGAACUCUUAGGUUUAUAUCAGGAACAUGGAAGCAUAAUUGUUUUUGUUGAUAAGCAAGAAAAUGCCGACAGUUUGCUAAAAGAUUUGAUGAAAGCUUCAUAUCCUUGCAUGAGUUUACAUGGUGGUAUUGACCAAUUUGACAGAGAUUCCACCAUUUUAGAUUUUAAGUCUGGAAAAGUGAGAUUAUUAAUCGCAACGUCAGUUGCUGCCCGUGGUUUAGAUGUAAAAGACUUAAUAUUAGUCGUUAAUUAUGAUUGUCCCAACCACUAUGAAGAUUAUGUCCACCGUGUUGGAAGAACAGGUCGAGCUGGAAACAAAGGUUUCGCUUGGACUUUUUUGACUACUGAACAAGGAAGGUAUGCUGGAGAUAUAAUUAGAGCUUUAGAAUUGUCUUCAACGCCUGUUCCGUUAGAAUUACAAGAACUUUGGGAUACAUACAAAGCUUUACAAGAAGCAGAGGGUAAAAAAGUGCACACCGGGGGAGGUUUUAGCGGCAAAGGUUUUAAGUUUGAUGAACAGGAGGCAAACGCUGUCAAAGAGAGCAAAAAACUUCAGAAAGCUGCUUUAGGUUUAGCGGAUUCUGACGAUGAUGAAGACAUAGAAAAUGACAUUGAUCAGCAAAUAGAAAAUAUGUUUGCUGCCAAACGUAAUAUAAAAGAAACUUCAGUUGCGCCAACUAUUCCACCACCCCAAAUAGUUGUACCUUCUAUUGCUGCAAUAACUGUUCCAAAUUUGCAACCACCAAUAAUACCAACUACUGGUCCUGUGUCUGCUGAAAAACUUGAAUUAGCAAAACGUUUAGCAUCAAAAAUAAACACUGCUAAGAAUCUUGGAUUAGAUACCAAAACAACCCAACAAACAGCCGAAGCUAUAUUAAAAGGUUCAUCAUCAGCUCCUCCUCUAAUUACGGCUCGCACAGUUGUUGAACAGUUAGCUGCUAAAUUGAAUAAUAAACUUAAUUAUCAACCUAAAGAAGAUGAAGAGGGUUUACUUCCUGGAGUACAAUCAGUAUUUACGAAGUACGAAGAGGAAUUAGAAAUUAACGAUUUCCCCCAGCAAGCUAGGUGGAAAGUCACAUCGAAAGAAGCAUUAGCUCAAAUAUCGGAAUAUUCAGAAGCUGGAUUGACCGUGCGUGGCACUUAUGUUCCAACUGGAAAGAACCCCCCAGAAGGUGAGCGAAAAUUGUACUUAGCAAUUGAAAGCUGCAGUGAAUUAUCGGUUCAGAAAGCAAAGCGUGAAAUAACUCGUCUUAUCAAAGAAGAACUAUUAAAACUGAGCUCUGCACAUCAUGUUUUCAACAAAGGUCGUUACAAAGUUAUUUAAGAAAAUUAGAAAGAUAGCAUAGUAAUUUGUAUGAUUAAUAAUUCUUUUAAGAAUUCUAUUUUUAAUAAUAUUUUCUGUAGCGUUAGAAAUCAGACUAUUUUAAGCUAAUAAAAAAUAUAGUUGCUAAAAUACAAA